GCGCGCGCGUGCGCCCCCCACCUCUAUAUAAGGGCGGUGGCGGGCGGUGCCGGCGGCGCCGCAUUGCAGACGGGCACGGAGCGGGAUCAUGGCGCGGCUGCUGCUCCUCAGCCUCCUCGGGCUCCUCGCUGCCGCUGUGGCCAGCCCUGUGCUGUGGCAGAAGGAGUGUGUGAAGGGGCCGGAGGUGUGGUGCCAGAGCAUCCGCACGGCGUCGCAGUGCGGGGCGGUGAAGCACUGCCAGCAGAACGUCUGGAACAAGCCUGCUGUAAGCAGUAUCCCCUGUGACUUGUGCAAGGAGCUUGUGACGGUGGCUGGCAAGGUUUUGAAGGAUAAUGGCACUGAGGAGGAGAUCCGCUCUUACUUGGAGAAGACGUGCGAGUUUCUUCCUGACCAAGGCCUGGUGUCUGAGUGCAAAGAAAUUGUGGAUUCCUACCUGCCAGUUAUCAUGGAUAUGAUCAAAGAAGAGCUAGAUAAACCUGAGGUUGUGUGCAGUGCCCUCGCCCUGUGCCAGUCCCUUCAGAAGCACCUUGCAGCCAUGAAGCUUCAGAAACAGCUCCAGACCAACAAGAUUCCAGAGCUGGAUUUCUCUGAACUGGCAUCCCCGUUCAUGGCUAACGUGCCUCUUCUCCUCUACCCUCAGGACAAACCCAAGCAGAAGCCUAAGGCGAGUGGGGAUGUGUGCCAGGAUUGCAUUCAGCUGGUCACUGAUGUUCAGGAAGCUGUGAAGACAAACUUAUCUUUUGUGAAGUCUUUGGUUGCUCAUGCCAAGGAGGAGUGUGACCGUUUGGGACCCGGAAUGUCCGAUAUGUGCAAGACCUAUAUCUCUGAAUAUUCUGACUUGGCUAUCCAGAUGAUGAUGCACAUGGCUGUGUUCAGUAAUGCGAGAAACUGUUUCUGUUUGCAGAACAUGAUGUUACUGGCAGCUUUAAAGAAGCAACCAAAGGACAUUUGUGCCAUGGUUGGGUUCUGUGCUUCUGUGAAGUCUGUCCCCCUUCAGCCUCUGGUGCCAGCUCAAGUGGUUCAUGAGGUGAAAAUGGAAACUGUGGAGAAGGCCUCGGUUCAAGAGAAGGCCUCAGUUCAAGAGAAAACUUUUUCCUUGUGUGAAAUAUGUGAGACCAUGGUGAAAGAAGUGACUGGCCUCUUGGAGAGCAACAAGACAGAGGAGGAGAUUGUGCAUGAAAUGGAAGUGGUCUGCCACCUGUUCCCAGGAAGUGUCAAAGACCAGUGCAAGGACUUCAUAGAGGUCUAUGGCCAGGCUGUCAUUGACAUGCUCUUGGAGGCAACGAAUCCUGAAGCUGUGUGUGUUAUGCUGAAAUGCUGUGCAGCCAACAAGCUUCCACAGCAGCCAGUUGUAGUGAAACCUGCAGGUGGCUUCUGUGAUAUCUGCAAGAUGGUGGUGGCUUAUGCAGACAAAGAGCUAGAGAAGAAUGCCACGACAGCUGAAAUCGAAGCUUUACUGGAAAAAGUGUGUCACUUCCUGCCAGAGUCUGUCAGUGAUCAGGUCCAUCUCUCAAGUGUCUCUACUUCUGCUGUAAAUGACCAGUGCGUUCAGUUUGUGGAACAGUAUGAACCUGUGGUUGUGCAACUCCUGGCAGAGGUGAUGGAUCCCACUUUUGUUUGCACUAAACUCGGAGUCUGUGAAUCAGCUAAACAGCCUCUCCUGGGGGACGAUGCUUGUGUCUGGGGUCCAGGUUACUGGUGUAAGAACAUGGACACUGCUGCUCAGUGCAAUGCUGUUGAUCACUGCAAACGCCAUGUGUGGAACUAGAAGAAGAAUUUCCAGUUCUGAAAGUUUGCCAUGGCUCUUAAAACAUGUGGGCCGAGGUUGGCAGAGAGCUGUAUCUCACCUGUCCCUCCUCUCUGCCUCGUUAACAAUUUGACCUACAAGUUCCUUUAUUGUAACUCUUCUGUAGCAGUGCUGCUGUUGAAGAAUCAGAUCUUCAUCAUUGACUUAACAAAGAUAUUUCUGAUUGUACAGUUUAACUCGUUAUGCUCCUAAAAAUAGUCAGUGUGUUGUAGAUUUUUUUUUUUUAAUUGGUAGGCUGAAGUGUUUUUUAGGUGCUGGGAAGAAUGACAGAUAAGAUGAAAUGAGACAAGGCUCUUAUCUUUUGAUUUAAAAAAAGGACAAGGUAGCGACUAAUCUUUCAAGUGUCUUUCUGUAGGGGAGCAUUGGGAAGAUUUUACAUGCUUUGCAUUUUUAACAUCUGGCUGGAAUGUUAAUUUUCUGUGUAUGGGAACUCUUAAGGGAUAAUGUUGAAUCCGGGAAUCCCUUCGGCUGGAAUUUUCAAAGCUCUACAGAUGCAGAGGAGGGGGCUUUGUGUGCCCAGCCACCUUUCAGAGUCACUGGUAACCUAAAGGGGUGCAUUUUGAGUGAUCACGCUUUUGCGUUGGAGCGACCACGCUUGUGGCUCACGGUGUUGUCAUAGCUGAGGAAAACCCUCCCUCAACCUUUGAUCACAUCCUUUUGAUUUCCUUGGGCUCCUGGGUCUAAGCAUGGGUGUUCUGCUGCCAAGCCCUAUUCAGUGGGAUGUCAGUCUUUUGAAGCAUGCAGACGUACUUAAGGAAUGACUCCCUUUUUUUCGUAUCCUAGUUGCUCAAUUCUGCUUAGUCUUGCAGCUUCCCACAUGCAGCCAGGCUGGGUGCCGAGGAGUUGAGAGAUGGAGGAGGAACAAGUCAGCAGGAGCUGUGCACAUGUCAAAGGGAGUUCAGCAUCGAGGGUGGAACGUGUGGAAAAAUGGGGCUUGUUGUAAACUGCCCAUUUGUUCCUUGAUCUGCUUUUUCUCUCAUAGCAUAUUUCAAUCAUCUAAAACUUCAGAGGUGCUGUGAGGCUCGGGGGCAGUUUCCCCUGCUGCCACCCGUUCUCACUGAUCCCCUCCUGAGGAAGUGCAGCAAGUAGAGAUGGCAAAUGGUAGGAACACUGUAGUAGGUAUUGGAAGCUCUGCUGGCACACCUCACACCCUGCCUUUCACACCUCUCUAAAAUGACACUGAAAUGCCUGAAAUCCCAAAAAAAGCCCUUCAAGGCAGGCUGCUUCCCUGGGAACAUGUCAGGCCCUUGGGAGUGAGAAUCUUGUAUUGCUUGAGAUGGACCUUGGAUUUGGUGUGUAAUUCUGAUCAAGUUAAUCCCCAAAACACUGGAUCAAAACCCCCAAAACAGAGGCACCAAAGUAGCUCUGAGGAGACCUUUGGGAAGGAGCAGCUGGGCAGAUGUGGAGCUUUGAAAAUUCCAGUCCAGUUCAGAAAGGUGCUGCUAACUCCUGCUGUUUCUGUGCUGUCUGGGAUGAGCAGGAGCUCCAGUAACAAAGCAGUAGCAGCAAGCAGACUGUUUUUCAUUGGAAAACCACUGGAGUGCAGGUUUUUAGUUACUCUGUACAUACUAAAUGCCUGGGCACUGCUGACAGAUGGCAACAGAGGUUCGUCUCUUCUGUUUGCUGAAUGCUUCAAAAGAAAAGAAAAUGCUUCAAAAGAAAAUAAAAAGGAAAAUUUCCCCUAAAGAUAUAAAAUACCUGCAGCUUUCUGUCUUGGCAGGCUUGUGCAGUGUUCUGGUGGUGUAUCCCAGUUGGGGUAGAUACAGCAGAUAGGGAAUGGGCUCUUCCUUUGGCAUCGCUGCCCUGGAGGGAUGGGUUGUGUUACACCUCGGUGUGGUAGGAUGGUAUUUGGUGUUUUAAACGGGACAGUGUUCUCUUAAUGUGGAUCUAAUGGGGGGGAGGUGGGGCUGCAUUGGCAGCUGGACAGGCUAGGAAGGUUUUAUUUUUCUGGGGUUUUUUAGCAGUGGAGGAUCCAUGCUGGCGAGCUGCGGGGCGAGGUGAGCUGGGGAAAUCCUGUGCUGCCACUGGGAGUCCCUGUAGUUUUCUCCCUUCCUGUGGACUGUGGCACCUGACCCGCUUGAGUCGUGCUGGGGAAACGUGCAGUUGCUUUCUGAAAAAAACAAAACACAUUGUCUUGAUUUUAUUUUUUUUUUUUGCACAAAAGCUUCCCUAAUGAACAAUAAAAACUUCUGUAAACUGGUAA